GCCUGAGAUAUUCAUAGUGAGCUUACAUUGUUCUUUCACCUCGCCACAUCUUUAGGCCCAUGCUUUCUCUGGAUCUACCCACAGUUCAUGAAAACGCGGUGUUCCCCAGAUGCAUUCUGAAUAAUCUCCACACCACUUCGCGCUCGAUACGCUCGAUCAAUACACCGAACCAGCCCAAAAGAAACUCGUCAAAUUCCAGAUAUCUUCACGAAUUUACACCAAUCAGUCAUCAAUCCAAACACAAUGGCAGUCUUCAACACUGAAGCCGAGUUCGCAACGCAUGGUCUGGAUCACCUUCAUCCGAGCGCCUACCAGGUCUCCCGCGAUUGCGAGAUCUGUCUGGAGCCCCUCGAUCUCGUCAAGCCUUCCGCAAACACCAACGGCGGUUACAACAACCACAGUCGCCUUCAUGCUGCGGUCCGCCUCAAGUCUUGUGGCCAUAUCCACGGUACCGAGUACCUGACGGCUUGGCUUAAGUUUGGGAAUCCCUGUCCCACGCCUGGCUGCGGCCGCAUGCUCUUCCUCCCGGCUCCGGAGUAG